CGUGGGUUUCAGGCCAAGGCCGGCAGGGCGGGGCCGGAGGCGGAGCUCCGGCGGGCGGAGGGAGGACCUGCUCGCAUGGGGGAAUCCAUCCCGCUGGCCGCUCCGGUGCCGGUGGAGCAGGCGGUGCUGGAGACUUUCUUCUCGCACCUGGGCAUCUUCUCUUACGACAAGGCCAAGGACAAUGUGGAGAAGGAGCGGGAGGCCAACAAGGGCGCGGGGGGCAGCUGGCUGGCGCUGCUGGCCGCCCUGGCCCACCUGGCGGUCGCCGAGAAGGCCUAUCACAGCCUGACCUACCUGGGGCAGAAACUAGGUGGCCAGUCCUUCUUCAGCAGAAAAGAUUCCAUCCGGACCAUCUACACUUCUCUGCACAAUGAGCUAAAGAAGGUGGUGGUGACAGGCCGUGGUGCUGCAGGAGGGACCGUUCCUCACUUGGAAGAACUCUUGUCCCAUUUGUCCGAGCAGCUCUGUUUCUUUGUUCAGGCUCGAGUGGAAAUUGCUGACUUCUAUGAGAAGAUGUAUACACUGAGCACUCAGAAGUCUAUCAACUCAGAAGAGCUAGUCAGCCUCUUGGAGUCCAUCCUAAAGAAAUAUAGCUCCAGAUUUCACCACCCAAUUCUCAGCCCGUUGGAGAGCAGUUUCCAGCUGGAAGUCGACGUCCUGGCCCAUCUCUUAAAGUCGCAGGCUCAGAUCUCCGAGUGGAAGUUCCUUCUGUCCCUGGUCAACUUACACAGCGCCCACACCAAGCUGCAGACGUGGGGCCAGAUCUUUGAAAAGCAGCGGGAGACCAAGAAGCACCUGUUCGGGGGGCAGUCUCAGAAGGCCGUGCAGCCCCCCCACCUCUUCCUGUGGUUGAUGAAGCUCAAGAACAUGCUCCUCGCCAAGUUCAGCUUCUACUUCCACGAGGCCCUGAGCCGCCAGACGACCGCUUCGGAGAUGAAGGCACUGACCGCCAAGGCCAACCCCGACCUUUUCGGGAAGAUCUCAAGCUUCAUCAGGAAGUACGAUGCCGCCAACGUCUCUUUGAUCUUUGACAACCGGGGGUCCGAGAGCUUCCAGGGGCACGGCUACCACCACCCCCAUUCCUACCGAGAGGCCCCCAAGGGAGUGGACCAGUACCCAGCCGUGGUGUCCCUGCCCAGCGACAGGCCCGUCAUGCACUGGCCCAACGUCAUCAUGAUCAUGACUGACCGGACCUCCGACCUGAACACCCUGGAGAAAAUCGUCCACUUCUAUGAUGACAAGGUCCAGAGCACCUACUUCCUCACCCGGCCAGAGCCUCACUUUACCCUCGUCGUCAUUUUUGAGUCCAAGAAAUCAGAGAAAGAUUCUCAUUUCCUCUCCUUCCUCAAUGAACUCUCACACGCUCUUAAAAACCCCAAAGUAUUUGCGAGCCUGAAACCUGGAUCCAAAGGAUAGUUGCCAAAUUCUUGGAGCAACGGUUUCUCAAGGCUGGUUACCAAGACUGCUGUAAUUCCUGGGGAUUCGGGUCACGUCCGUUAAGUCUUAAAGAGCUAAAUUAAAGGAAAAUUGUCCUGACUUGUAUUGCACAUUUAAAUGUAAUUAUGGCCAUUUAAGUUAAACAUCCAAAGAGCACUAUAAUAAGUGAUCUCAGUGUUUUUUCCACAUUUUCUUGAGUUGUGUGUGACUUGACCAUUUAUUUAUUGGUCCUUAACUUUGUGGGACAGGAAGUGGUAAAAGAGGCAGGGCUGUCAUAUGUGUGUGUGUGUGAGCGAGAGAGAGAGACAGAGAGGGGGAGGGAGGGAGAGAGGGAGAGAGAGAGAGAGGGGGAGGGAGGAAGAGAGGGAGAGGGAGAGAGAGAGAGAGAGAGACAGAGAGAGACAGAGAGAUUUCUGCCAGCUGCUCUAUCAUGUUCUAGUCCUUGAAUUCUAGUGCAAUGUUUUUUCCCCCGUCUUGUGGAAAAAGUAAUUAGGAUGGAGAACACUAAAUGGCCUUUACAGAAUUCACAACUAUAUGAUUUCUGUCAAGAAAUCUGCCCACUGCAAAAGGGGCAUGUUGGGGAUUCUAAUUUAUUAAGUGAUCUUUUGUGACCCCCAAAUGAUGAGCACACUGUUCUAGUUUCUUUAAAAUUAUUUUCCUCACUUCCUGGGCAAGUUACUGAGUCCCAGUUGCCUAGAUCUUACCACUCUUCUGCCUUGGAACCAAUACAAAGUAUUGAGUCUAAGAUGGAAGGUAAGUAAGGGUUUAAAAAAGGAUUAAAAAAUUAUUUUACUAAAUUUUAUUUUGCAAAAUUUUGGUUUUUAUCUCUCCCAUAAUCAUUUGUGCAUACCAGAGAGAUUCCCAUCUCAGAGAUUUUUUCUCUAUCUUGCAGAAAUUGAAUAAUCCCCCAAACAACAAACACCUGGUUAUUAUAAAUAACCAAUCUGGUGGCUGUAUCUGAUAAUGUAUAGGUUUAGAGUGUUUUGUCCUUCUUGUCCUACCUGUCUGCAAAGCAAAAGAAAGGAUGUAUAUUUUUCCUCUGACUCUUCUCUGCUUUAAUAAAAAGACUUUGUAUCCUUCAGCGAAUCAUACAGAGGGGGAGGCCAAGCAGCAAUGGAAUUGCCCCUUCUACAACACUGGAAAGAUCUCCCUCCUCAGAGAUGGCUUCUUUUCUUUGUAAUCUGAGCACACCUUCCUCCAUUCAUUCUUUAGCUUUAUCGUUAUUUGGGGCAGAGGCUGGUGGAACAUGUACCUUUUGGUGUAGAAUUUCUCAAGUUGCAUUAAAAUAGGGAGAGGCAUGAACCUUUGAUUUCUUGGGGACUGAGAACUCCUGAAUGAGGAAAUUCCUUCUACCAGGGCAGGAUAUCUACCUUCUUUGCAAUUUAAAGUUUCAGAGAUGUGCCCAGAGCCCUGUGAGAAAUGCUCACAAUCACUUAAUCAUUCAGUGUCAGAUGAGGGAAUAGAGUCCGGAUAAUCCAUAAUUCAGCAGGAGUCCAUUCUUUAUCUCCAGAGCUUUCCAUUUAUCACUUUUAUUUUUUUCUGAAAUCUUCAUUUUUAAAAACCACUUACUUCCUGGUUAUUUUUUGCAACCACCAUCAUCUAGCCUUGGUUUCUUGACUUGAUUUGUAACGUUCAGUGACCCAUUUUUCAAACAGCCAGAAGGAAGCUGGGACUACCUUGUACUUGUAAACAUCACUUGUGUAUUCCCAAGACCUUGGGUAAAUGGCAAAAUACUUAAACACAGCUGAAUUUGGUCUGUCUUUGCCUUUCUGCUGCUAAUUUAUAUUUAGGCACAGCUAUACAUCUUAACAUGUGCUUGACGUCGACAGGCGUUUAUGAGGAUUGGAUGGAUCAGGGGAGGCUUAAUGGGGUAUGGAGUCCUUUACAACAGGGUUAUCGAUUCAGAAUACAAAUAAGCCCCAAGGCAUAAUCCAGCCAUUACUACCUGAUGGCCACUUCAGAGUCUGUGAGAUGGAAUGGGCUGGUCAGUUCACUCCCGACUGGUUCAAGGCAGACCUCACAUGGGAUGCCCCCAGUGAGACGAGGAGUAUUUGGAACUGGGCUGGAAAGGGAAAUGAACCCUCAAGAGAAGGGAGCCUUGAUGGGUUGGCAUUCGGAUGCAGGAAAGCCAGACUAAUUCAGACUUGGAAGGAAGCUUCCAGCAGUCAGUUUAAAGAAAAAAAAGCGAUGCAAUACAAAAAUCAAACUCAACAAAUGGUUGUUUGUUUUAACCCUUCUGUCUUAGAAUCAAUACUGUGUAUCAGUUCCAAGGCAGAAGAGAGGUAAGGGUCAGGCAGUGGAGUUAAGUGAUUUGCCCAGGUUCACCUAGCUAGGAAGUGUCUGAGAUCAGAUUCGAACCCAUGACUUCCCCAUUUCCAGGUCUGGCUCUCCAGUCCCCUAGUUGCCUCUCAACAAAUUAUUUGUUAAAUGCCUACUAUAUGCAGGAUGCUGCCAGGCACUAGAAGUCAAUUUGCUUGGUUGGUUUCCAUGGGAUUUAGAGCAGAAAGGCAUCAUCAAUACUAUCCAUUGGCUCCUAUUUUUGGAAAUAUAAAGCCCUUUGCCACCUGACUCCGGUCUCUUGAGACCAGCCAAGCUGACUUUGCUGUCCCCCCACCACCUGCUGUUCCAUCUCUUGUCUGUGCUGGGAUGCCUCUUCAGUGCCACCUCUCUCCUUCAAGACUUGGCUCAGACACCAUCUCUUCCAGAAAGCCAUCUGGGGUCCUCCCAAUUGCUAAGGUCUCCCCACCACUCCCCCAGUCUACUUUGGGUAUGGUUUACCAAUUAGAUAUGUACCUGUUCUUUUCUGUGGUAGAAUGUAAACUUCCUGAGGGCAGGGACCAUUUCAUUUUUGUCUUUGUAUCUUCAGCACCUAGCACAGUGCUUGGCACAUAGUAGGUGUUUAAUAAAUGUUUGUUGAUUUGUUUAUUUAGUCUAACUCCAUUAUUCAAAGCCUAAAGUGAUAAAGUAAUUUGCCUAAGACCAAGGGAAAUAAUACAUUUGGGGAGUUGCCAAGUUUGGAGUUAAGAAGACCCAAGUUCAAAUUUGAUCUCAGAUAUUAGCUUCACCCUGUUUGCCUCUGUUUUCUCAUCUCUAAAAUGAGCUGGAGAAGGAAAUGGCAAACCACUCCUGUAUUUGCCAAGAAAGCCCCAAAUAGGAUCACAGUCAGACACAACCACAAUGACUGAACAAGACUUUUACAUUUUACAUUUAUCCUUAUUGAAUAUUAUCUUAAAAUCAGCCCAGUGUUCUCACUCAAGUUCUCAAAGUGUGUGUGAUCUAGGGGGUCCUCAAGAUCUUUUCAAGGGUCCACAAGGUCAAAAUUAUUUUCAUAGUAACAUUGUUAUUUGCCUAUUAAAAUAUUCUUCCCUUUCCCCACCAAAUAUUUGUGUGAGGCCGGAUUGUCUUUAUGUUCUUUAUCAAAACAAACUGUUGAGUACAGAAAUAGAUAUGAGGAUCCACUUGUAUUAUUAAGCUAGAUUGGCUUAAAGAGGUUUGCAAAAAACAUGUAAAACAAUGUCAUUCAAAUGAAAUGUUUUGUAACAAUUAUUUUUCAUUAAAAUUUGUGUUAUUAUGUA